AUGGGUUCUAAUUCGCCAUCUAUAGAGUCUCCCCAAAUGCCAGAGGUGGCUUUUCCUAUGGAAGAUGACGAUAGAUAUCUUCAUGGACGCGUGGGGCCCAGCAUUGGCCAUGAUAUUUUUCUUCCGGAACCGGUCGAAGUCAAGAGACCUACAGGGAGCUUGUCGAAGUUUCACGUGCCAUGGCAACAGAAGGCAACGCUGCCUCCUUUGACAAAUCAGCCAUACAGCUCGAACGAAGCCAUGGCUGACCAAGUACUUCCCCACUAUCCAGGCGCAUCUGUUGCGGCUAAGUCUCACCUUAGCCUUCUACUUGCCCUACCGUCGGAACUCCUCAAUUACAUCUUCAACUUCCUCGGUCCUCUAGAUCUUGCCUCAGUCUCCUCCACUUGCCGGAUGCUAUCCGGCCACGCCAAGUUAGAUUUAUAUUGGCAGCGCCAUGUUCAGGAGAACACCCCCGGUGUUCAGCUAUCGUCCCCUUCCCCUUACACCAGUUAUCGAGAACUAUUCAUAUCUCACGACCCACAUUGGUUUCUGACCAAGUACAAGGUCUGGUUCUGUGACUACUUUCUUACUGGCAAAAUCAUCAUCUGCCGCUAUGAUCCUCGUCGCGGAUGCAUCGAAGGAUAUCGGCUAGUCGCCGAGCGAUCUCCCCCAACCUUCGAUCCUUGGGAAGCUGACGAUGAAGUUCUCAUUCAUUCAUUCAAACCUCAGUGUCGCCUCCACCUGGACCAACCUGUGCUCCAAAUUGAUGCCAUCAAACAUGAAUCACCGGUUGGAUCCUCAGGGGAAUCGACAGCAUUUCAUAAAUUCAAUGCUGAAACCCCCAUGCGUAUCAACGAACGGAGCCACCAUGGAGUUUUCUCAAAUUUUCUCCUUGCUCGCCCGGUGGAGGAGCUUCCUAACAUGUCCCUCUGGCCGCCGCCAACCAUUCCAGCUCACUCACGCGUCCGGAAUGCGAGUCAAGAGGCCUUCGUGGGCGCUGGCCACAAGCCGCAGAAACGGUCCCAGGUUUCGGACCAGGCAUUUCGGAUCAGACGGUGGAUGCAGAUGACAGCUGGAUCGAAUGCUCCCGGCAUUCAUCUCGCUGAAGAGGUGUAUACCUAUGCCACACUUGAUCCGAAGGUAUAUACACCGACGGAAGACAAACCAUACAGAGGAAUUUGGGUCGGCGAUUAUAGUGGUCAUGGAUGCGAGUUCCUCCUGGUCCAUCAGCCGGAUGAUGAAGAGCCUUUUGACGAGGCCUCGGUGGUGCGAGGAGAGGAUGAAACGGCUGAGGAAUGGGAGUCUAGGAAGAAGGAGGAGCGAAUUUAUAGGGGUAGUUUGGAGGCCAUUAAAUUGACCGGGGAUCCCAACGUUCCAAGGGGAGAAUACACGUUUAUCGCCGAUGAUAUCUCUAAAGGCGGUUUUAUUCGCACAGCUACGGAGCAGAGGUUUAAGGGAGCCCGUAUCGUGCGGAGUACCGGCCAUAUCGCAAACCCGAUGUUCCGUAACCACACAUACAUCGAAAGCCAACUCAUCAUGAUUUCACCUAACCAGCUAGCGCAGUAUUGGGUUGGAUUUGGACAUAUCAGCUUCUUUGAGCGAGUCGAUAUUGAUCAGUUCCUUUCGCCCUUUAGCGACCCCCAGCCCAACCUCACCUGA